AUGUCUGUUUACCUUGCUUCUGUCACCCAGGUAAACGGCAGUAGCGAUCCUUCCGGGUUAGGCCAGGCCGGCCGGACGGAACGGGUCCAAAUAACGGUAGAGAACUCCAGCACUCAGGCCGAUCAGCUUUUCUUCACGGAAAGUGGUUCUCCUGCAUUGGAUAAUACCGGAGCAAGGAGCAUUGGGGCAGACAGCCUAUUUCCUAGUGAAAACCUUGUUGGUGCGUCUGCUGGUAUUGAGUUCCUGCGCUACGUCAAGGGUGCAGCAGAGGGUCGUAGGGCUGCGGAUCCGAGGGACAGCGGCCCACCAUUGAGCAAAACAGCGGAUCGUUUGCUUCAAACCUACUGGGACUACGCGGAUGUUAUAUUCCCACUGCUGGACAGGCCAGCUAUUGACGCCGCCUAUGAAAGCCUAUGGAGCAAUAGUGAAGGCACGCCAAUUAAUGAGAGAGUAUUCCACUGUCUUCUGAAUCUGAUGUUUGCCAUUUCGUGCAGCGUGGGAAUCGAGUCGGGACCUCAAUACCACUCCGCCCAUGUCUUCUACGAAAGAGCCCGCAAUCUAAUGUCCUUCAACCUGCUGGAGGUGCAGCAGUUUGAGACGAUACAGAUUCUGUUGCUCACGGCGCUGUAUCUUCAACACAACGAUCAGCCUCAGCCGUUUUGCCACAGCGUCAGUCUGGCAGUCCAUGUUGCUCAAGAGCUUGGGUUGCAAUUUCCGGCGACAAUCCACGCCUUGGCUAAUCCACGAGAUCGAGAGCUGGCGCAGAGAGUGUGGCUGGGGUGUAUUAUGUUGGAUAGGACGGCUUCCAUGACCUUUGGCUGCAAGCUAAAAAUCUCUCAGGAUGCUGCAAAAGAGGCUGUGCAUCCCCACGGGGAGCAAGAACCCCCUUCAUUGACACAUCUGGGUCGUUCCAUCAAUAUGGAUGUCUACCUGAUUUCUUGCCAACUUCACCAUAUCUUGGGUGACGUGCUGGAAGCUUUCUACAUGGCAAGGAACAACUUCCUUACACGGGGGCAAUCUGACGCAUCCCCUGAAUCGAGCCCCCGCGCAGCUAUGACACCCAAGGUCCUUGCAAGCCUAUUUCAAAUCGAGGCCAGUCUGUUAAAGUGCACUCAGGCUGCGCUUGAUAUCAUCAAAUUUAUUUUCGAUAAGUCGACAAAUCAGUCUAGGGCAUCAAGUGUGUACGCUCUGCCCUCGGAUUGGUAUAACGUCUCAUAUGUAUACAUGGCCGCGACAGUCCUUAUCGCGGCGCAGCUGUUUCCAAAAAUAUUGGAACAAAUACCGAUUGUCCAAUUAAAUGGGCACCUCCAACAAGCCUAUGCUGUCCUUCAAGAUCGCGAGCCAUACACGGAAGUAGCUCGAAAAUGUAGAAAUAUGCUAAGCUUCCUCCAGAAGAAAAUAUCGUCGCAUCAUGACCGGACUGGCGACGGCCACCGAGCGGAUAUGAGGCGGAGCCGGCCCUCAUUUUCAAGGGACCUACAACCCGCAGAAGAUAUUCAUCAGGCACAGACCCGGCAGACGGAGACCAGGGAGCGAGAAACUGGGGAACAAGAGACCAGGGAGCGAGAGGCCGGGAAUCGUGAGGCCGGGAGGGAUAACCUUUGUGAAAUGGCAGAAUGGCCACUUUUCUGGGACCAGUGGCCAUUAUCUCUCCUUCCUUUGGACGAUGACAUUCACUCUAUGAUGUUUGACUGA